AUGGGUUUCAUUGGCGUUUACCGGGCCGUCUACGACUACGAGCCGCGGGACUCGGGUGAGCUCAUCGUAGCUGAGGGCGACCUCCUAUAUAUCUUGGAGAAGAAUAGCGACGAUGGCUGGUGGAAAGCUAAGAAGAAAGCGGGCGAUGAAGACGACGACGAGCCCACUGGAUUAGUGCCGCAUAACUAUGUGGAAGAGGCGCCUGUUGUUUGUAACGCCCGAGCGAUAUACGAGUACACACGACAGACGGACGAGGAGCUUUCCUUCCCGGAAGAUGCUAUAUUGCAAGUAUUCGAUAUAUCUGACCCUGACUGGAUUCUCGUCGGGCUUGAUGGAGAAUUCGGCUUCGUGCCCUCCAACUAUAUUGACAUGAGCGAGAGUUCAGCAUCGGCAGAUCUCGCAGAAGAAGAUGACGACGUACCCCCGCCCGCUCUUCCCACCCGACCACAAGCGAGUACCAUGGAGCAAAACCAGGAGCCUCCAGCGGCCUCUGAUUCUGGCCCAGUACCGCUACAAUCGAAAGCGGCUAACCCAGCGGCCGCCAUACUUGCCGGCGUCAUGCAAGGAAAAUCACCUGCCUCGCCCCCGGCCACCCCGACGGCACCAGUUCCAGCUACACGGCCGGUUGUCAGAUUCGAGGAGCCAGCGGCUGAAUCAGACGAAGAAUCAGUACAAUCUCCCGCAUUACCAUCUCGACCACGCCCUCCUCAUCCCCACCAUGCCGCUCGAACGUCAACUGAUUACGGCGAACCACCCGCUGACGAAGACAAACCAAAUCAAGGGUAUCGCAACCCAGGGGGAUUUCACAUGUACAAUAUCAGUGAAAUGGUUUCAGUCAUGGGGAAACGUAAAAAGAUGCCUACUACGCUAGGUAUUAACCUCGUAACAGGGACGCUUCUCAUUGCCCCGGAGCGAGCACAAGAUGACCCCCCUCAAGAAUGGACUGCCGAAAAGAUGACCCACUACUCUCGCGAAGGGAAGCACAUUUUUAUGGAACUAGUACGCCCAAGUAAGAGCAUUGAUUUCCACGCUGGAGCCAAAGACACGGCGGAGGAAAUUGUCGCUGCUUUAGGUGAACUUGCAGGAGCUGCACGGGCAGCGGGUCUUCGCGAAGUCAUCGAAGCCGGAACCAAGAAGAACAUAAAGAAGGGUCAUAUAUUGUAUGAUUUUAUGGCGCAGGGAGAUGACGAAGUUACUGUGGCUGCCGGGGACGAGGUCCAUAUCCUUGACGACUUAAAGAGCGAAGAGUGGUGGAACGUUCGCCGCCUCAGGAACGGAAAAGAAGGUGUUGUGCCUAGUAGCUACAUUGAAAUUACUGGCACGGUGACUCCACCAAGCGAAGCUGCUGAUGGAAAAUCGAAUUCCGUGGCCUCCACUGUUGAACAGAACCGCAGGGAAGAAAUAAGGUUAACGAAAGAGGCUAUCCGCGCCAGCAAGGAACCGACGGAGGUAGGCUCAAAUCAGUCUCGCAGAAAUAGAGACAGCAGUCUCCCGCCACGAUCAGAUGGUAACCCAGCCGAUCAGCAACGUUCUCGACGAGACAAUAGUCGACAUGACAGCGGAAACAGUACGAGAUCCAAACCAAAACCUGAUUCUGCCAAAGUGCGUACUUGGACAGAUAGAUCAAAGUCUUUCAGCGUUGAAGCCCAGUUUCUUGGCUUGAAAGAUGGAAAAAUUCAUUUGCACAAAAUGAACGGCGUUAAGAUAGCGGUUCCCAUCGCAAAAAUGUCCCACGAAGACUUGGAAUAUGUUGAAAACAUUACAGGUAUAUCGCUGGAUGACGAAAGACCUCUGGCUGAUGUUAGACGUGCGAAGUCAAGCGCUCGACCUAGCGAACCUGCAGGCGCAAAGAUUGAACGGAACAAAGCGCCUGAGUACGACUGGUUUCAAUUCUUCCUGUCUUGCGAUGUAGCAGUUGGACUUUGCGAACGCUAUGCACAGGCCUUCCUGAAAGACUCCAUGGACGAAAGUGUCUUGCCAGAUGUUGACGCAACUAUUCUUCGGACCCUUGGAUUACGCGAGGGCGACAUAAUUAAAGUUAUGCGGCACCUUGAUACACGCUUUGGACGAGAUCGAAGCAAGUCAAACGCAGAUGGCGAAGCAGCACCUGGCGGGCUCUUUUCUGGACCCGGGGGUGCACUGCGCAACAACACGCGAAAAGGCCGACCUGCCCCAGCUGUCCAAACCAGUAAUGUGGUAGAUGCGACGGCCUUUUCGAAGAAUGAUGAACCACAGUCCGUGCCCGAAGAUGAUACCGCCACUCAGGAUUCAAAGAAGCCGACUGGUAAGCAAACUGCUGGGUUCGAAGACGAUGCAUGGAGUGUCAAACCAGUUAAGGCUACGGAAGUUGAUAAGCCUCUGCCGACACCUGUCGAAACUGCGUCACCACCAGCACCACCACCUGCUUUAGUGGGUUCGAUGAAAGAGCUGUCCUUAUUAUCGCAGCCUCUCCAGCCAACGAAGGUUGACCCUCAGCCCACACUUGCUCAGAGUCCCAUAACAUCAACUACAACCGCAGCAGUUACGGCUAAUGAACAAGUUCCUGGUGCCUCGCCCUCUUUCUUCUCAAACAUGCCAUCUUCACCAAAAUCUUUGGCCAGACAGCGCCCAACACCAGGUCCCAUAUCUUCCAAUCAACCGAUGCUUCUCCCACCACCCCCUCAACGUUCUACGUCUGCGCCUCAAUCUGCGAUGCAAUCGCAAUUUCAAGCCCCACUAGCACCACAGAUGACAGGUUUGGUACAAGGACAAGUAGCACCUCCUGGUCAGAGUUUGAAUGAUAUUGCCCAAGCUCGGAUGCAACAGCAAUACGCUCAGAUGCAACAGCUGCAACAGAUGCAGCCAACAAUGACUGGAUUCGCAGGACAACAGCCAGGUAUUGCUGGGUACCCGGUCGGAAAUGGAACGCAGUUUAUACAACCCAUGUAUACGGGAAUGCCAAACCAAAGCCCUUUCCAAGAUCCAACCAGGCAGGCGCAAUUUGCUGCUUUACAACCCCAACCUACUGGGUUUACAGCUUCUUUUACACAACCGCAGUUUACGCAGCCAGGUACAGUGAAUAGCUUCCUGCCUCCCGCUUUGGAACCUCAGCGUACUGGAAUGCCCGGUUUACAAAUGCAGCCUACGGGCUACAACUCAGUAAACUCCGCGUCUCAACAUCAACAGCCUCAGGCACUCAUUCCCCAAAAGACAGGGCCUCCCCCACCUGUUCGAUUCGGUGUGUCCAAUGAGGCCAAGAAACUAGCCCCUCAACCUACCGGACGCAGGGCGAAUCUAUCCCAAGCAACACCUGACAACCCCUUUGGAUUUUAA